AAUUUUCUAUAAAUAAAUAAUUAAAAUGUCUGAAAUGGCUAGCUGUACAUUUGACUUCGAUAUCGUUGUGACGCAUAUCGACUUAACCCGUGUUGAAAGCGUGAAUUCGAAGGAACUGCAAGUAGAGGCCACAAUUAAUUAUAGAACAGUGUCCAUAACAGCCAGUCGAAUUAAUGUAACUGAAUUCAAAGAUAAUUGCAGCACUGAGCUCAAUGUGGUCCCAGCAAACCUUCGACAGACACUCGAGAAGUGCGGGAUGCCUGUGUUAGUUAAGUAUAGUGGUGAAAUUCUUUGCACCGGACAGUUAAGUUUUCCCGCGAAUGUCACAGAAAGCAUCUCGGAAAAUAUGCAACCUCUAAUGCACGUGGACACAUGUCGAUUAGAACGUGAUGGUCAAAAGAUUGGCACACUUGAAGUGCUCUAUCGCCUGUUCACUAAGUGCACUAAUCAGCCAAAGCCUGAGGAGAGCAGUUGCCGUCGUGACAUGGACAAAAGCAUCAAUAAGGAGGAUAUUCUAUUUAUUUUCGGCGGCUCCCAGAGAUGCCCCGCGGAUUGUGAUCCGUGUCUAGAUGCAGUUGACCCGGGGGAAGGUGACGAUUACCUGAGACUGGGAAGGCAAAGCGUUCAGACUGCUGCCCCCAAGUUUGUGGACACAUUAAUACAUAACCCAGUUGGUGAUUCCGUUUGCUGUGAGAUAAAGAAUAUGGCAGACGAUUGUGAUCAGAUUUUAAACUCAAUUUUUAGUCGCUCUGGCCAUCCAAGGCCUUUGAAGCCGCCUUGCCGAAAACCAGCUGACUUUAAUAAUCCCUGCAUACGUCUUGCUCGCGAAUCUCAAGAAAGCUUUCGUACAACACCUUGUUUCUCGUCCUUACCAGUACAGCAAGUUGAGAGUAGAGAUGUCCGUAAAAUGGUUCAGGUGCCACUGCCAAUCGAUGACAUGAAAAGCGAUAAACGCUUUUGCCACGUUUGCCUAACCAAUAUGUCAUUUCUCCCGAAAUUCGCCGCCUGUCCAAAUUGCGGAAUUAAGCCAAUGCCGAUCACUGAGCAAUGCCCAAAGGAAAAUAAACUAACUGUUGACCAAAUACUAAUGGAAUACCUUUGUAAGCCUGCCGAUGUAGAUGAUGGCAACUCAACUAGCAAUGCAGCAAAGGAAAUACAGGAAACCGAAUGUCAUUGCACGUGCAACCUCGGAAAACUCUGUGCACACUGUCGAGUAGUUAAAAAGUGUUCGGAAUUUUACCACAAGACUGGCAGCAAAGUGCCCAAAGUAUCUGAAAAUAUUGUAGAAUCCGAGGAGGAUUGUUCUAUUUCCGUAGAAGAAAAAAUGUCGCGUCAAUUUCUAGCACAACUGUUCUCCGAACUAUGCGACUUGCAAAAUAUUACGGGCAUCAGGCGAGCAUCCGAGCUUGAGAGGGAAUACCAUCAAAAGUCGCUACAAAAGAAGAAACGUCAUAGAGGUGGGCAUAAGAUGGCUCAUAAAAACAAAGGAAACUCAGUCCUAGCCUGUGUAAGCAGCGAUGCUGGUUUUACUUUGAGAAAGUCGGAGCAUCUUCGACGACUGAUUAGUGUAGGACACAAAGAUUGCGUGAGCACGGUGGGUCGUGUAUCUCGUCAUCACGGUUGGAAUUGGUCAGUCAGCCCAGAGGCACGCAAAUACGGUUGGCGACCUGGCGCCAUUCGCAAGCCCAUUUUGAAACUCAUGAAGUUCUUUUUGCACUACUCGCCAGCGGAUAAGGCCUUCAAUAAGUGCAAAAAGGAAGAAGCUGAAUUAGAAAAGACACAUCAGCUUCCCAUUCUUAACUUGUGCAAGAAGAAUGGUGAAAUCUUUAUAACACUGCGAACGAUCAAUAAUCCACACGUACGAAUGGAUCCCAUUGUGUUCAAAGUAGUCAAAAGCGAUUUAGCUGUUGCCCUAAGGGAGAUCAAGAGAAAGCUCAAAGAAAAGGGAUUUCCCAAGUGCACCUGCCACAAGACGGUGAUGAUGUGCGUCUGUCGCGAUAAUUUGGCGAAGAAGCAUCUCGAAUACGCACUGUCGAAGGAAUGCAAGCGGCGGGGCAUGGAGAACUGUGUAGAUCACCUGGUGCUCACAGAUACCAGUGACAGUGAGAUGGAGUUUGACUUCGAUGUGUCUCCCCCAGCAGCUUUAGCUACGUCAUUAAAAGAACACACUACCACCAAUGGCACACAAACUGACAAGAAAGAUCUCAACGUACCUCCCAAGUAUCCAGUGCCUCUCAAUCCUUACUGGCGUACCUAUGACUGUGCUUCUGGAGAUCGCUAUACGGGCACAGGGUUUGGUGAUCCCGGGGAGGCAGUAUUUGAGGAUGGCAUCUUUGGACAUGGAGGCGGUGGACCCCACGGAGAGUCAGCCGCUCCGGUAGGCAAGACUAAAGCCGCAGGAGUUUGGGGUGUCAGUCCAGGUGGACCUAUGCGCGGUGGUGGACGUACUGCACCAGUAGGUACAGGAGGUGGUGUGGCAGGUGGUGGCGGAGCUGUUUUCGGAGGCAACCUACACGGAAAGUCCUUUCCAGGGGUUAAAAAGCCACGUUCUGGCCCAAGUCCAGCUAUUCCUGUAAGAAUGCAUAAGCGCCAUAUUGAAGCUGUCAAACAGGCUGCUCAAGCAGAAAAAGAUGCAGUUAAGGAUGAGGUUGAGAGAAGAAAGAAGGGCAUAGACACAAUGAAAUAUUUAAUGAAAAAAGGCACCGUUCCAGAACCAUGGGAUCCGAAUAACCCUAAGCCAAAGGGACAGACUAAGCCGGCGCCAGCCGUGGGGCCUGAUGGACUAACUGAUGCACAGCGCAAGCGUCAAGCUCUCAACAAGAUGGACAGACCACCAAUUGGCAGCAUGCCACGCCUGGGAGGGGGCAACCGUUGCUGCUGUGCAGAACGUUGCUAUCCAUGCUGUUAUUAUUGCUAAGCGGGCAUUUUCGUCAAGUUGGCUGAGCCAUUGAACUUUAUUGUCAGACUGUUUGGUUGCAUGAAAUUUAAAUGUUGUUCGUCGUAUUAUUACUUUUGAAUAAAUUUGUA